CUCAUCUCUCUCUCUCUCCCCCCCCUCCCUCUCUCUCCCUCCCUCUCUCUCCCUCUGAUGCUGCAGCUCCUGUAGUCUCUCCAGUCUCCAGUAAACAGCAGUCAUGGCGACAGUGGUCCAACCGCUCUCUCUGGAUCGAGAUGUUUCCAGGGCUAUCGAGCUGCUGGAGAAGCUACAGGAGUCGGGUGACGUGCCCGGUCACAAGCUCCAGUCUCUGAAGAAGGUCCUUCAGAGUGAGUUCUGCACAGCCAUCAGAGAGGUGUACCAGUACAUGCAUGAAACCAUUACAGUAAAUGGCUGCCCAGAGUACCAGGCGCGUGCCACAGCUAAGGCAACAGUUGCAGCCUUUGCAGCCAGCGAAGGUCACUCCCACCCGCGGGUGGUGGAGCUACCCAAGACGGAGGAAGGGUUGGGCUUCAACGUGAUGGGGGGCAAAGAGCAGAACUCACCUAUCUACAUCUCCCGCAUCAUCCCCGGAGGUGUGGCCGAGAGGCACGGCGGCCUAAAGCGAGGCGAUCAGCUCCUGUCCGUCAAUGGUGUGAGCGUCGAAGGCGAGCACCACGAGAAAGCGGUGGAGCUGCUGAAGGCGGCCAAGGACAGUGUGAAGCUGGUGGUUCGCUACACCCCCAAAGUGCUGGAGGAGAUGGAGGCUCGCUUUGAGAAGCUCCGUACGGCCCGGCGGCGCCAGCAGCAGCAGAUCCUCAUGCAGCAGCAGCAACAGCAGAACGUGGCCUCGCAGCAGAACCACAUGUCGUAGGUUGUUCCAGAAGAAGAAGUGAAGGAGAGCGAAAAGGUGGAUCUCAGAGACCAUCCGUUUGCAUCGAGGAUCCCAGAGCAAUCUCUCCGUCAUGGAGGAAACCGACACGUAGAAGACUCUUUGACUUCCUCUCUCCUCCUCCAGUGUACCGCCGAUUAUUGAACAAAAGCAAAGAGAGCCGUUUGUCUGGUGCUUUGAGAAACAAGUACGAGGGAGGGCUAGCACUGAAAGUCGUCCAUUUUAACUUUGUAUUCCCUUUUAUAAGUUGUUCUCCCCGGUUGUUGAGUUCUACUGAAACUCCCUUUUCUUGUGUUUGUUGUUUUGUUUUACGGUCAUCCAUCUUCGAUUGCUUUCCGACAUCCAUUACACCGUGGCACCUUUUGCCAUUUUUGCAAUAGAUUUAAUUUGUACAGUGGUGUUUCUAUCGAUUCUUCAACUGGUGCUCGUGUCUCGUGUGUGAAUGAACCAUCGGUUUCUUUCUGUGCGUCGAACUCGUCCUGUUUUGGAUAAACGUGAACUCUUUUUUACCUUCUAUAUUGUAGCAGGAACGAUUUUCUAUCUCGUAGGUUUAGCAAUAACACACAUUCCUCAGUUUUGACGUUUCGCCGCUAAAUUCACGAUCGGACACUUGCAUAUAUAUAUAUACAGAGUUUAUGGGGUAGGUGCACGUGUAAAUCAUUGUAAAGCUGGGUCUUAUUAAGUGUGAUAAGAGUCUAUCCUCCGUGCCAUUUGAAGAGAUUAUUGUCAAUUGUGCAAUAACUGCGAUUAUUAACAGACUUUGUAAACUACUCCCAACUGAGAUUCAUCUAGAAAAUAUAUGAGAUUUUAACGAGGUUCAAAUCAAUCCUCAGAAAUGUGAGCUGCGUCCUGUUCCCGACAGAAAAACAGAAUGUCACCAGUUUUCAUUUGUGGGAAUUAAAUCCAAAUAUGCUCUAAUUAUUUUUCAGACGUUGCAUAUUUUAUAGUUUAUGAGAUCAGAGACCUAACAUAACGUUUUAAUUGUUCCUUUUUAAAUAUUAUGAGAUCAGAGAUUUAACAUAGAGUUUUAUUGUUCCUUUUAAAUAUUAUGUUUUCUGUCUUGAGACGUGCAGAUUAUCAUUUCAGGAUCUAUUCCUUGUGUAACAGCUCCCUGCGUUUCUGUUUCUGACAAUCAUUUUGAGACGUUAUGAGACUGAGUGGAAUGUUUCACUUUAUGUUUUUCUCCAUACCUGUAAGGGAAAUCUGUUUUUAAAACUAGAAUUAAAGUGGUAGACCGCCAGGUUUGUGUUUGCUUUCCUAUCGUCUCCAUCUUUGGUGCUAAAGCGCUCCUCGUUGUGUGUUUUGUUUUUGUUUGCACUACACUUCCCAGAGAGCACUGCUUUGUGGUCUCUUGUGUUUUCAUGUAGGCGGCGCUUUAUCUCUGUUUGUUCAACCACGCAGGCUUUCUUCUUCUAUUUACCAUAAACAAAUCAAAAACACAACGCAUCACUUCCUGUACGCCAGAGGGUUUUAUUCCCCCGCAGAUAAAACGCUGAAGUUGCAUUUUCAUUUCCUUUAGAAAGUGACAAUUUUCAUCUUUUCUGAUUUUCUACAUUAUAUCUUAUUGCACAAGUCCAGCAGAGCUAAAUCCUCCUACAUGCAUAGUAUGUGCCACGCUGCCAUUUCCUAAAAGAAAUCGCCACUCACUCCCUCAAUCCCUUUUUUCUAUCUUAGAAUCACUGGUACUCUUUCUUAAUUGACUUACAUUUUUGAAGCUGAUGGUCCUGCACCGUACGUUAAAGAUUAAACAAAACAAAAAAAAGACAACAAACUGUUGAUAUGCAAUUGUUAUACAUACUAUAUUUGUAUAAAUAAAUCUAUGUGCUUGUGUACAGUGAA